CCCCUCUGUCCCCUCUCCCCCCUCAGGAUCCUGCUGACGGUGGUGGUGAUUUUCAGCAUCCUCAUUGUGGCCAUUGUAGGGGAGACGGUGUACGAUGACGAGCAAACUAUGUUUGUCUGUAAUACGCUGCAGCCAGGCUGCAACCAGGCCUGCUAUGAUAAAGCCUUCCCCAUCUCCCACAUCCGUUUCUGGGUGCUGCAGAUCAUCUUUGUCUGCACCCCCACCCUCUGCUUCAUCACCUACUCAGUGCACCAGGCGGCCAAGCAACGUGAGCGCCGUUAUUCCUUCCUCUACCCGCUCCUGGAACGCGAUGCCAAGAAGUCGAGGACGCUCAAUGGCGUUUUGGCACCCGGCGCCGACGGCGGCACCAAGGACGAACCCGAAUGCUUGGAAGCCAAAGAGCUGCCCAGCACCCCGCCACGCCGCGCCAAGGCCAAGAGGCAGGAGGGCAUCUCCCGCUUCUACGUCAUCCAGGUGGUGUUUAGGAACGCGCUGGAGAUCGGCUUCCUGGCCGGGCAGUACUUCCUAUACGGCUUCAACGUCCCCGCCAUCUUCGAGUGCGACCGCUACCCCUGCGUCAAGGAGGUGGAGUGUUACGUGUCGAGGCCGACGGAGAAAACCGUCUUCCUGGUGUUUAUGUUUGCGGUCAGCGGGAUCUGCGUGCUGCUCAACCUGGCCGAGCUCAACCACCUGGGAUGGCGUAAAGUCAAGGCUGCGGUGCGAGGUGUGCAGGCCAGGAGGAAAUCCUUGGUGGAGGUGAGGAAGAAAGAUGGCACCGCGUUGACCCCAGCGCCCACCCUGGGCCGCACACAGUCCAGUGAGUCUGCAUAUGUUUAACAGCACAGCCCGACCCCCCCCCCCACAACUACCACCCAUGGGUGCUGUGUUGGGGCACUGAGUGGGGGGUGCAGGAUCCCACCCCCCCC